UUGUGUUAUGCAAUCUGCUAAGAAGAGAGAAUGGAGAAUAUGAGGCAAGACUCCGCCAUCCGCCAGUUCUGCGCCGCCCGCGUCGAGGAGCAAGACCUAGACCACGACCUCAAUCACACAUGGCCGCCAUCGCUUGAUUUCACCAACGACAACGACGUUCCACAACCCGAGGUAGACCAACUAGUCAACACCUUCUUCAACGACAACGACAACGACAACGAUGAUUCAAUCACCGACGAUCUUUACUACAACGCCCCAUGCGCAAAUGUCAAUCAAGCCACAGACGAGGGACUUCAGCUAGUCCAUCUCAUACUGGCCUGCGCCGAGGCGGUCGGCUGCAGAGACGCUCACCUCGCCCACUCCAUACUCAACCAGAUCUGGCCUCGCCUCAACCCAUGGGGCGACUCGCUGCAACGAGUCUCCCACUGCUUCGCCAUCGCAUUGAAAUCGAGGCUAUCACUCCUCCAACAUAUAUCUCCAAACGCCUCCUUUUCCACCAACAACAUCAGAAUCAACACAUCCACCGUUACAAAGCAGGAAAGGGCUCAGGCCUUCGCACUGCUCCACAAAACCACGCCCUACAUCGCGUUCGGCUUCGCGGCCGCCAACGCCGCCAUAUGCCAAGCUGCAAAUGGAAAGCAAUCGCUGCAUAUUGUAGAUCUAGGAAUGCAGCAUAAUCUCCAAUGGCCAUCGCUGCUGAAAUCGCUGUCGAUUCAACCCUCCCCGCCUAAAAUUGUACGGAUCACCGGUGUAAUUACCGAUCUAGACGCCGCGGAGGAGCUACAACACAGCGUGAAGACACUGUGCGCAUAUGGAAUUGAUUUGGAGUAUAAUUUCGUGAGGGAGGAAGUUUCGCCAUUGACGCUCACUCGAGAAAAGCUAGGGCUGAAGGAGGAGGAGGCGGUGUUGGUGGUGAACAGCAUAAUGCAGCUGCACAAGCACGUGAAGGAGAGCAGAGGCUCGCUGAAGACGAUUCUCCAAUCCAUUAAGAAAUUAGGUCCGGAUUUAGUGACGGUGGUGGAGCAGGACGCGAAUCACAACGGGCCGUUCUUCCUGGGGAGGUUUUUGGAGUGUCUGCACUACUACGCGGCGGUGUUCGACUCGCUGGAGUGGAGGAUGGGGAGGGGGAGCGGGGAGAGGAUGAAGAUAGAGAGGUGGCAUAUGGGGGAGGAGAUAUGCAACGUGGUGGCGUGCGAGGGGGAGGAACGGGUGGAGAGGCACGAGAGGGCGGAGCAGUGGCGGAGGCAGAUGGGGAGGGCGGGGUUUGAGGUGGUGGGGUUGGAGUGUUUGGAUGAGGUGAAGGAGGUGGUGGGAGGGUAUGGGAAUGGGAGUGAAGGGUACACGCUGGCUGUGGAAAAGGGAUGCCUUCAGCUUGGGUGGAAAGGGAGGCCGAUCAUGAUGGCCUCUGCUUGGCACCUAAACAAUCUGCCUUCUUCUUCUUCUUGACAUUUCAUUUUAUCAUUCAAUUUCAUUUUCUCUCUUUCUUUUACUAUAUAUAUUUUGUAAUUAUGUAUUCAACUAAUAAUGCUUUUUCU